GCACAGCAACCUUUGGACUGACAAACAAAACGAGUUCAGCUCGUGUGAAUAAAACAACAUGUGUAGAACCUGAAACCGAACCCGAACACAUCCACAAUAAUCUCUUCAUGAAGCUGCUGAAGAAGAACCUGAGAGAACGGUUCGGUUCCGAUGAGGGAUGGAGCUUAAAAACGAUUUCACUUCGAAUCCGAGUCCCGCGAACCGAGUGUCACGUGCUCCUCAUAAAUGGAGUUCGUCGAAAUGUCUGAUUAUCUUCAUCUUCACCACCAUCAUCCUCAUCCUCGCAGCAUCUACAUCUCUUCUUUGGUACUUUUUAGAAUACAGGGUUUGGGUUCAGGAGCCGCGUAUUAUUCAGCAGUACACGGCCAGAGUCUCCAUACUGAAUGAGAACUUCACCAAAGAUCUCUCCAGACAUGAGAGCUCAGAGUUCAGAGUUCAGUCCAAGCGUGUGCAGAGCAUGGUGGAGAAGUUGGUGAAGUCCACAGAUCUGUCCAGAUACUUUAACUCUACGGUAGUCUUUGCUUUCGGGGAGGGCAGUCUGGUGGCUCAUUUCUGGCUGCUCCUCUCAGUUCCCAGCAGUCACAGAGAUCAGAUGAACGUCCAGCGAGUGAAUGAAAGUCUUUACCGAGAGCUUCAACACUUUACAGGAGAAGAUGAAAGGCACAUCUGCACUUAUGAUGGUUUUCAACUCCUAAUUUCAUCUUUCACUAUAACCGAAACGACCCCUAAAGUUAUAGAUCUGUUUCAAGCUUCAUUUGACUGUUAUCGGUAUCAGUCGGUGCUCUCCACAGACGUUGUGAUACUGGAAGGGCCGAAUACACAGCGAUCGUCGUGUCUGUGGCACCUGAGGGCUCCUGCGGGCUCCCGGCUGGAGCUGAGGGUCGAGUGGCUUCUGUCCGAGUGUCGGGAUCGACUGAUCAUUUACGACUCCGUCACUCCCACAGAUUCACACCUCAUCACCUCUCUGUAUGGCUGUAGCAGAUACGAGCGGGUCGUUCAGGUGUUGUCAUCUGCUGAUUGGAUGACUGUAGUUUGGAAAGAGGGUCUGUAUAAUUAUAAAGAUCCUUUCUCUCUGAGUGCACGAGCGUGGCCGGAUCAGGAUUGUUUAUUCACUGUUGUGUUAGAGAAGAGAGAUGGCGUUCAGGGGAUUUUACAGACUCCUUUCUACCCCAGUUAUUACCCUCCUGACACCAACUGCACCUGGCUCUUUACUGUGCCGUCUGUAGAGUUCGGGUUAACUUUGGCUUUUGAGGGAUAUGAAUUGAAUCGUGCCAGUUACACGCAGACCUGCACGCAGGGCAAAUGGAGCAUCCAGAACCGCAGGUUUGUCCUCUCGUUGCCGUCCGGUGUUGUGUGUUAUUGCGUGAUGAUGAAAGUGUUUGUUGCGUUCAGGAUGUGCGGGGUUCGAGCGCUGCAGCCGUACGCCGAGAGGAUUUACGUGCUUUCCUCCGAGGUCACGGUCGCCAUGACGUCAGAGGUGUCGCUCACGGGUCCGGGGUUACAGGUUCACUACGGCAUCUUCAACCAAUCGGAUCCGUGUCCGGGUCAGUUCCUGUGUAACGUCAACGGCCUUUGCGUCCCGGCGUGCGACGGUAUCGCCGACUGUCCCAACGGCCUGGACGAGAGAAACUGCGUGUGUAUCGCUCAGUUUCAGUGUACAGAAGACAGUCGGUGUGUUGACUAUUAUAAAGUCUGUGACCAACACUCAGACUGCAGUGAAGGCAGCGAUGAGCAGAACUGCACUCAUGCUGUGCCGUGUUCAGACCUCACAUAUGUGUGUGAAGACGGAGCGUGUCUGAAAAAACCAAACCCAGAGUGUGAUUUUAUCACCGACUGCCCAGACAAAUCUGAUGAGAAAUACUGCGACUGUGGUCUGAGGCCGUUCAGCAGUCGUGUGGUGGGCGGGGCUGAUGCGGUGGAGGGGGAGUGGCCAUGGCAGGCAAGUCUGCAGGUCAGUGGUCGUCACAUAUGUGGAGGAGCUUUAGUCUCGGCCCAGUGGGUGAUAUCUGCAGCUCACUGCUUCUAUGAUGACAGACUGUUCUCCCCGUCAGUAUGGACGGUCUAUCUCGGUAAACUUCGUCUCAGUGGUAACAGUCAGACAGAGGAAGCCGUCCGGGUGUCACACAUUCACCUGCAUCAUUACUAUGACGAUGAGACGCACGAUUAUGACGCUGCGCUGCUGCGGUUGGUGCGGCCCGUGUGGUCGGGUACUUUAGCUCAUCCCGUCUGUCUGCCACCCAGAACACAUCAACUGGAACCGGACCUGCUGUGUUGGGUCACGGGCUGGGGAGCGCUCCGAGAGGGAGGAGGAGCAAGUGAUGUUCUGCAGAAAGUAGACGUGCGAUUGGUCAGUGAACAAGCCUGUGUCCGUUCCUAUGGUUACGCGAUCACUCCCAGAAUGAUUUGUGCCGGUUAUCGGAGCGGAGGGAAAGACGCGUGUCAGGGUGACUCCGGAGGGCCGCUGGUGUGUCAGGAACCGUCUGGUCGCUGGUUUCUCGCUGGUGUGGUGAGCUGGGGCAGAGGCUGCGGGCGGCCCGAUUAUUAUGGGGUUUAUACACGUAUCACCAAACUCACCACCUGGAUCAAACAGCUGAUUUCUUCAUGAGGAACAUCUGAACUCGGUGUAUUUAGAGACGGGUCAGGAGAAACCUUACAGACGAGAGCUGUGAGCAAUGAUGAGAGUUACAUGAGCUCUAAGUCUUCUGGGUAAUCUGGACUACGACAGUGUGAACAUGAGUUUAUUUCUAGACCGGACUUACACACUGUUGGUAAGAGAUGUGUUUAUCCUGAGGUGAAGUGCACAGAAGGUUAAGCAUCGCUGUAUAUUUUGUUUUAGUGUAAUGAUCAGAUAAUAUAUUUACUAAAACAUUUACUCACUUUCCUGUUGGCUCGUGUACCUGUAUGACUUUUAUGUGUUUGAAUGUAGGUCCAGGCAUUGGUUUUCAUACGAUGAAAGUGAACAGAUGAUCUCACAAAUUAUCAAUGAGAUACGAGAAUUAAUUUAUGAAGACAGAAUCUUUAUUGUGGUUUAUUCAAUUCAAUUUUAUUUAUAUAGCGCUUUUCACAAUAGUUUAAUUGUUCCAAAGCUGCUUUACAACAGCUACGAUUUAACCGUACUAGUAAGAGUAGUAAUAAUAUAACCUAUAGAAGAGAGAUCCAAGUUAAGCUGAUGUCAGCUGAAGGGUUAAAAAAGUUUAUUUAAGCUCAACCACUGCAGUGUGAAGUGUUGACAUUAAACAAGACUAAAGUCACAGAUGCACAAGCAACACUUCAAUAAGCUUAUAUUUUCUGGAACAAUUAAAAUUUUAAAGGUCCCAUAUUGUCAAAUCUGAAAUUUUGUGGCUUUUUUCAUGAAUUAAUGAGUUCUUGGUGGCCUUUGAGGACCAUACGAGUUUCAAAACAGUCAUUAAACAGUUAAAUGUAAACAGCCUGCUUGAAGUAGCUGUGAGUUAAAAUAGUUUGUUUGUACGUGAUGUCACGAAUACACAGUUGCCACUUUAAAUCUCCACCCCCCCCCCGAGCACUGUCCAUCGCACCCACCCCCUUUUUUGACAAGCAACAGGCCAAUCAGAAGAGAGGCUCAUGAAUAUUACUUAUUACAGGCCAAAAUGAUCUGUUCUCAGCAGAGCUCCUGAAAGAGGAGCUGUAAAAAAUAUAUAGAGAUUGUUUUUGGUACUUACACUGUAAAUAUAUAUUCUUAAGGACGUCAUAACCUAAAAUAAAAC